ACGCAUGACACCAAAUCAAAUCUGCACGAUUGCAUCUGCAUCACCAUGGAUAUCUCCCGCAACCGCAAGGCGAAGCUCGGGGACGCCGCCGGUGCUCGUGGCCGCGACCGCCUGAGCGAGCUGCCGGACUGCCUCCUCCACGUCAUCCUGUCACAGCUCAAGGCCCGGCAGGUCGUGCGGACGUGCGUGCUGUCGCGGCGGUGGCGGCACCUCUGGCUCUCGUCCCCGUGCCUCGACGUCGACACCAGCGAGUUUCUUCUCCCACACGCCGCUCCCCGUCCAUCUCCACCUCCAGAUAUACGCAUGUGGUCGUUCGACGUUGCCGUUGGUCCCGUAGCUGCAAAUCACGCGCCUCCCCCACUUCCACGCCAGCACAUUGCGCACGAGGAAUUCUACUACGAGUUCGAAGAUUUCGUCGACUGCCUACUAGUCCACCGGAGCGCCGGCGGCACGCUGCCGCUGGACACCCUGCGGCUGCGUAUCCCGCUAUGGUCGCUAAACACCCAGUGGAUGCUCAGCGCCCUCUCCAACACGAGCAAGUACACCAGUUGGGUCCGUCGUGGCCUCAGGUGCUCCCCGGCGGCGCUCGACGUCAGCGGCUUCGUCAAGCUUCCCGCUCUAGCCUCCUCCGUCACUCGCCGUCUCACGAAGCUGCGCCUCGACCGGGUGAUCCUCCACCAUGAUUUCGCCGAACACCUCAUGUCCGGCCUCCCCGUUCUGGAAGUCUUGGAGAUCAGCGGCACCGACCUGUCCGGGCUCCCGCGGAUCCAAUCCGGCACCCUCAAGCAUCUGGCCGUCGAUUCCUCCUCAGCGAUCACGCUGAACACCAACGGCAGACUCGCGUUCCACAUCGUGGCCCCUCGUCUCGUGUCUCUGCACCUCGCCGUCGAGUUCCGUCACCUGGUCUUCUUCGGCGUCCUCGUCCAGGAGGCGCCUCGCCUUGUCCAAGCAUCCAUCCGCCUGGGGGACAGACCUGAGCUCCGGCAGAUUCGGGGGAGCAUCUACCACUCCCAGGAUGACAGAGCUCUCGUGAAAUCUCUGUGCGACCUCCUCGGCUCUCUUUCCCACGUCCGCGCCUUGACGCUGUCAGGAUUCCAUGACACGACGUUGGUCCAGCAGCAGAUUCCUCUUCUUCCACAAUUGCCUCUUGAAAAUCGAUGGAUGCAGCAUCAUCUUUUUAUGCAGCCUCCUGGUCUGGGGAUUGGGCCUCCAAAUUAUAUGCCACUUCCUGAUCCGGAGACGAUUAUUGCGGCUUACAAUCCUUACCAGUAUAUGCUUAAUCCAUACAAUAUGCAUCCGCCGCUGGUGCGCCCAAUGUUACAGACAAUCCUCGAGGAGGAGAGUGUCGGAUUGCCGGUGUUCAACGGCCUGACAUCCUUGGUCCUCGACGAAUGCGAGACAGGCCUCGACUUUGAGACGCUCUGGCGUUUUCUGCAUAAGGCUCCUCUCCUAGAGGAGCUCACCUUAAAGAAUUGUCAGUGCCAAAUGUUUCCAAACGGUUCAGAGAUGGAACCACCUCAGACUAUCUUCGAAACGGCGACUAGUACUGUAUCCCCUAAUCUGAAGUCGGUCGAAAUCAUGUACGACGACCGAAAUGCUGGUGAGGGUAGAGGCCAACAUAAGGUGCAAGUCAACGAGGUGUCAUCGGACAUGAUAAAGUGGAAACUGCCGGCCACUACCAUGAUCCGAUUUACCAAACUGCCAAAACACUAGACUUAUUUUGCCCCUGUUUUGUUGCUUCUGAGAUAUAUGGUAUCCUCUUGUCUUGCACUAAGUUACUGAGUUUCGGCGAUUUUAAUACGAGUAGUUAAGUUAUGCUGAGUUUCACAACA